AUUUUACGCACUCUCACCGGCGUGCGUGCGCGCACUGGAGUACCGCAGAAAGGACGCGCCUCCCUCCGCCAAAGGGCCACGGUGAGGCCGUACGUCUGGAGACGCAGCGGCGUCUGCGGCUCUUCGCUCGGGGAUGGAUCAGGGAGCCGCCGCGGGCACCGGAGGGACUUUCAUUUCCCUGAGCGAGACCGAGCAGAGAUGUUACUCCGGGCUUCACGCGCUCUGCCAGCCCGACGGCACCGGCACACCGGCGGCGGGGAAGGUGGCGGAGCUGUUCCGGGCGUCGCAGCUGCCGGCCGACACGCUGCACCAGAUAACAGAGGUGUGCGGUGCGAAGCGGCUGGGUUACUUUGGCUGUGGACAGUUUUACGUGGCUCUGAAGCUGAUGGCGGCGGCUCAGGCCGGGUUGCCGGUGCGUCUGGAGAGCGUGGCGGGUGAGCUUCCUCUGCCUGUUUUUGUGGGGAUAACUCGCGACCCUGAGAUGCGUUACCCCACUCACCCCCCGACCAAUGAGAGCCAGCCUCACAUCGCAGGCUCCGCCCCUCGUCCCCCUGCAGACAGGCCUGUUUUCAGACACCCUGAAAGCAGCAUGGACGAACAGGAGGCGUGGUCUCCCCCGCGCUCCCCGCCCCGCUCCCCGUCGGCCUAUCACAGCUAUCCGUACAGCGCUCAGAGGAAUGGAACAGACGCGCUAUUGGCGUAUGAUGGUAAAUUGUCGAGUCGUUCCAGCGUUUCUCAGGAGAAUUCCUCUCCCAGUCAUUAUUUUGUCAGACUGCAGCCGGAGCCGCUGCCCAUCACACAGGUGUCGUCUGUGGAUUAUUCAGAUGACCCGUGGAGAAUCACAGAGGAACAGAGGGAGUAUUACACCAACCAGUUCAAGAGUCUACAGCCCGAUCUCAACGCACUCAUACUGGGAACGACUGCAAAAAACUUCUUCACCAAGUCAAAGCUACCGAUUCCAGAGCUGUCUCAUAUAUGGGAGUUGAGUGAUGUAGACAAAGAUGGCGCUCUGACCUUCUCAGAGUUCUGUAUCGCUUUCCAUCUGAUCGUGGCUCGGAAGAACAGUUACGUGCUUCCUGAAACUCUCCCCCCCACGCUCAGACCGGGAUAUGUGGAUCAAGGUGUGACACAAUCUGAGGAACUGAGUUCUGUUGACCGGCAGGUGACCUCAAGGCCAGGUGUGAAUACCUGUAAACAGGACACGAGAGAUGAGAGGAGACAGUCAGAGUUCAGCCCCAAGAGACUUCCAGAUGCCAGUGAGAAACCCAUACGGCGAGUCAGCACUUUAAAACCAGAUUCUCCACAGGAGCUUGAUGCAAGUAUGAAGUCGAGGACACGGCCCAGGUCGCAUUCCAGCACGUCUAUAGACGAUGCCAUGAAAAAGGCUGAAGAGCCGCCCACCCCGCCUCCUCGACCCCAGAAGACUCACUCUCGCGCCUCCUCGCUCGACCUGAACAAACUGUUUCAGCAGAGCGGUCAAGCAUCUAAGAGCAGUUGGUUGCCUCCUCCUCCAGCUCUUCCUCCUCGUCCUCCGGCUACACAGAUCUUCAGCUUCCGCCACGGCUCAAACAAGAAUACCCAGAAGGCCGUGCAGCAGCCAAACUUUGCUGACUUUAGCAGAUUCAGAGAGGUGGAAACCAGCACACCUCCCCAAAGACCCGAUUUGAGAGGAGGUCUCAGCACAGAAGACCUGGCACCUCCGAAAACGGAUCCUUCAGCUGCGCUCCAAGGCCACGCCCCUCAGAAGCCAGUACGAAGGAAGCUCCACCCUGAUAGCCAGAGUGCCACGCCCCCGUCGGGCACGCCCUCCUCUGCUGCCACACUGACCAAAUCCACACAGAGGUUGCCUCCCAAACAGAAGAGAGCGAUCCAGAUGGCCAUCCGUAAAAACAGAGAGACCAACGCAGUCCUGACACGUCUUAACAGUGAACUACAGCAACAACUGAAGGUUGUUCAUCGAGAGCGAGUGACUCUGGAGUCUCAGCUGGAUUUGCUGCGACCCGUGACAUCAGCCUGACCAAUCACGCGGCGUCCUCUGUGUUUCCAGUACACACCCGGUCUGGUGAUGGUUCAUGAGCUGUAACCCAAUGGCAUGUCAGAUUUUUAAGCGACCAAACACCACAAACACUGUGUCAAAACCACAGGAACCGCACGAGGAGUCUGACGUUUGUUUUGUUAGGUUUGCGUUUGUUUGUCUGUGACUGUUUUUACAGCUGAACGUUACUAACACGACUAGCUGUCACUCAUGAGGCUGAAAUCAACUUUAUUCCAGGAAAGUCAAAAAUCUGUUUUUAGUGGAUGUAAUUCUAGUUCUCUUAUAUGUUGUUUAUGGAUGCAUCCAGCAUCGAUUCUGUUUUUGUGUUGAAGGCUGAUCCUGUUCCACCAACAAUAAGCUUAUAAGGGUGAAUCCCACAAAACAUGUGCAUGUUGCAUUUUACAACCCACAAAUAAAAGGCAAAAAUAGAAAACGAAAAUGAAUCCUCUUUUAAGAUCCCCCAAAUGCUCAUGAUCAUAAUGCAUCCAAAUAUUUGUGUUUUCAUUUUCUCAUUACUGAAACGGAGAAAUGUUUUACUGCUUUUUUUACUCGGUUUAAAACGAUAUAAAUCAAAGGCAAUACAAUAAACACUACCUUGCUUUAUACAUUUGAAUAAGAUAUAAUACAUCAUUUCUUUUUUCGUUACAGUAAUGAGAAUACGAUGAUUUUGCAUUACAGUAAUGAGAAUACGAUGAUUUUGCAUUACAGUAAUGAGGAUUUGGGAAACAGAUGAUCUCUUGAAACGGAUAUAAUUUCUCCUUCAUUUCUUUUGAUUUCGGGGGUGAAGUGUGAUGUUCAGGACAGGUUUCGUGAGAUCCACCCGUAAAGAUCCCGGUGUGAAUCAUGACUCCGUGUGUUGGGACAGUGUUUAGAUUAUGACUUUGCAGAUGUUUUAUGAAGCGUGUCUGUGUUUAUGCAUGAAGGUUAAUGUUUACACUGAGCGGGUGGCAGAAAUACAUUUAUUUUUACACGUCUAGCGUGAGGCAUGUAAAUGAGAGUAGUUUGACAACACAGAAAUGUCUACGACUGGAACGUUUGAAUGUCUAGACCUAGUUUUGAAUGUGGCGUGUACGUUAACCUCAAAUGUUUGAGGCUGACGCAUUGAUUGCGCUUGUACUGUAUUGCAAAAAAAUCUUGGGUGUCACAAAAUGUCAAUGGCAACAAAAUGAUUUUCUGUAUGUUUUUCUUUUAGUGCUCGUCAUAUCUUGAUCUAUUAUUUCUAACUUUACAAUAAUUUUAUAUGCAUUUCUUACUCUCCUAAAAUCAGUGCGACUAUUUUGGGGCAAUUAUGAAAUGCGCAAAGAUGAUCGUUUUAAAAAAUGCUACAAAUGAAAACCAGCGACUGCAAAAAAUGGUAAAGAUCUGUAUUUUUUGUUCUACGUUGUGCUAAAUACUUUCCUAUGCAAAAAGCGGAGGAUUUUACAGGCCAGGUUUGUUGUGGGUCGUGUUGUGUCACUGAUUCUGUUCAUAUCUCAUACACUGUGUUCUGAUCCAGGAGUGAAAGUUUCUGUGAGUGUCAAUAAAAUCGAAGUGGAAGAAUGGGAGAAGUGGCUAAACUAUGUCUUGACUCAUAAAUGGAUUUAUAAAACCUGUUUGCUUGUACUUUUAGACCUGUUGUAUAGAUAGAAUCAUGUUUUGACACAGAUGUUUAUGCACUUACAACAGACGUCUGUGGUCAAUUGUUUACUACUUUUGCAAAGUUAUUUCAAAUAUUAAAAGUCCCAAUUCAUCGUAUAAAGAGAAGGUAGGUUUUAGGAGAUAUUUUCAAAAAUGGGAUGUAAUGUAGUAAAUUACCCUUGACUUUGAGCAAACUCUUGAAAUUACAGAAAUUCAUCUGUAUGAAACACAUUUCCAGCCUGUUUGUAACUAUUUUACGAAGUUUGAAUUUGUAUGAUA